AACGUCCAACAACCGGGCCAAGCAGUUGUCUUGGUUUCCAAAGCUCUUCUUACGGAAAGUUUAUUCACUGUAUUCUGAUUGUUAUAACGUUUUAAAAAUAGUAAAAAAAGAGACAUGUUCAGCCAGCUAUUUACGCUAAUGUUGGUCGUAACUGGAGUCUGGAGUGCCGCCCUUCUCGAAAAUCAGGUGGAAACAGAGGCCAGGACGUCAAAAGGUGAUUUGGCCACCGCCGAGACUUCAGCCAAAUUGUUAAAUCUUUUUGGAACUGGCUCUGGGUAUCCCAACUAUGGCUAUAACUACAAUCGGCCGACGAACGGCUAUUAUCCCGGCUAUAACACGAACUAUUACAGCUCAUCGUCGGGCUAUUAUCCGAGCUCUGGCUACGGUUCUGCAUCCUACUAUCCCAACCAGGGGGGCUAUGGGUCAUCCAACUACUAUCCAAGCCAGGGCUAUGGCUCUGUCAACUAUUAUCCCACCAGCAGUUAUCCCACCACGAACAUUCUGGGAUCCCAAGGAGGAGGAUAUGGCGGCUAUGGGGGAUACGGAGGUAAUGGCGGUUUGAGGCAAUAUUCGGGAUAUUGGCAGCGGGAUUACCAGGGUCAGCGGAAUCGCGGUUACGGCUACUACGAUGAUACAGAUCGCUUUGGCCUGCCGUAUUCCCGAGAUCGAGCCUCUAAUUUUUAUCGUGGCUAUAACUAAGUAUCUGCUUUUAUUUGUGUCCCAUGUUAUUGCAUUUUUGUUACCGCUUUUCCCCUCCCGCUCCUGACUAAUAAUAAAACCAAAAUGUAUCUCAAAUGCUACUAAUUCAAUGUGUAAGUUGUCGCUUUAGCUUGGCGCGUAAUUAAUUUGCUUCUAGGUUACAUUUCCAUGAGGCAUUCAAAUUACCUGCGGACACGCCCAAUUGCACACUAAAAUUUGCCCAUUUGUCAUUCGUUCAUAUUCAUGCUCUCAGUGCUGGUAAAAAUGUGUCUUAUUGUCUGAUCGUGUGCCUUAAUUAAACGCAUUUUUGAAGCUUCAACCCAAAAGUUGGCUAUAAAUUGUUUGUCAAUCACCUC